GCAGUAAUAUUACAUAAAAUAUAUUGCUUAACAUGCUUAAUUUACGAAAAAAAAGGCUAGAAUAGAAGGAUAGAAUUUGAACAAUUGUCUCGUUUACGUCAUAUUCGUGCAGUAUUACUGUCAAAGGGAUAGGAUUUCUACAGAAUGGAAAGUGGAAUACAGCUGGUUUGUAACACUGAGUUUGCAUUAUUUGUUUACUCAGCUUUUAAAUGCGAUUUAUAUUUGUCAUUAUGUUAGCAGUUGUCAAAGACGCAGAAAUACAAAAGUUUUUCUCGAAAUUUUGUUUGUGACGUAGUUUAUUUAAUUCGCAUUCACUUGUUGAGGCGUGUAAGCUUUAAAUACUAAUUUCUUACAAUACUACAGAAAAGCAGACAAGGCAAACCCUCAGAAUUUUUACUAUUAAACGUAAAAUAUUAUCGUGUUUAGAAUUUUACAUUAGUGAAAAUUUCUUACUAUACUACUACUACUACUAGCAUAACUACUAUUACUAGCAAGGUCAUCUGUGUUCAAACAAUUUUAAAUGGCAUCAAAGUCAUCUCAGUCUCAGAAUUCCAAAAAGUCAGAAAAUAAAAUUGGGGAGGAAAGCCAUGAUGUUUUGAGCCUUAUAUAUAUAAGAAAUCACACAAAAGAGUUUGUACAAAAUUAUUUUCCUUCACUGAAGAUACCACAGUUCACAAGAAAGAGCAUAUUGAUAUUGCUUGUUAUUUUCCUUUUUUGUUAUUUAUUUGCAUGGAAUGGUUUACUACUAUAUUGUUACAAUCUUGGAAAGGGAGCUCAGCUAUUCUUAAGGUUUGGUCCUGCUCCACCUGGCCAUCUUAAGCCUCUUGGUUCUCAUCAACCACCAAUUCCAGAUGGUAUUAUAGAAAUGUUUGAAUUUCCAACCCCACAGCAGUUUUGGAAAGAAUUUGUUCAAGCAAGUAAGCCAGUUAUAUUUAGGGAUGUGGCCAAAAAACUUCCAGCUUUUAGCUUGUGGACAGAUGACUUCUUGGGGCUUCACUAUGGACACAUUGAAAUGAGUGUUGAGGUCAAGAAGAAAGAAGAUAGAACAGCUGCUACAUUACUUAUGCCUUUUUCUGACUUCCUGCAUCAGUAUGAAGAAAAACCUUAUUACUUGGUGGAAUCUCUUCAUUAUUCAUUUUUAAAAGAAAUAGGCAUUCCAAAAAUAUUGCAGUGUGGAAAUCUUCAGAAAUCUCUAGUUGAUAUAGUUGGCUGGCUAAGUAGUGGAGGCACAAAGUCUGUACUUCAUACAGAUGCAAUGGAUAAUUUGAAUUGUAUUCUGGAUGGAAGCAAAGUGGCAUUUCUUGUGAAUCGUACACUAGCAAAGAAUGUGAAUAUUGACUAUGAAGAUGGUUCGUAUAGUGGAGUUGAUGUAGAAAAAGUGGACAUGUAUCGUUAUCCAGGAUUACAGGAUGUGCCAUGGUACAAUGUAACUAUUAAUCCCGGAGACUGCAUAUUUAUUCCUUACAUGUGGUUUCAUCAUGUUCGGUCUACAAAACAGCGCAACCUGGCCUUUAACAUAUGGUUUCACCAUCUUCUUUACUUUAAUGAAUCGGACUGUGAAGGUAAAGAACUUCAAGAAUUUCUGCCAUUUAACAUGCUUGGAAUACCCUCCUACGCAAGGCGUCGACAGUAUGAAAUUAUAACAAAUGCAGAAGGUCAUGAAGAAUUUUCUCUUAAAGAGUUUAUGGAAGUCUUCCUUAUGAGUAAAGUGAACAUUCCUGAGACUGUAGAAGAGCUCUUUCACAAGUUAGAUAAAGACAGUAGUGGAACUGUUUCGCUUCAGGAAAUGUAUGAGCAUCCUCCUAAAGAGUUUAUUCGCUACUUUUUUGCCUAUAUUGGCAUGAACUAUCCACAGUAUCCUGGACCAGAUUCAGACAGUGUUGAGCUGACACGAGGUGCACAUGAAGAUCUUUAAAAAAUUUAACUUCUCCAAUUUUCUCUCAAAAUACAAUUAAUUUUAACGUUUUAGUUGGUUAUAAAAUAACACCUGUUAUUUUUUGAUAUGUAGUUAUCGGGGAAUUUUUCUUGUGUGCGUAUAUAUAAUUUUAUGCAUAUUUUUUGGAGUCAUUGUUUUCUAAAACCAUUUUCUUGCAUUAAAAAUCAUUUAUAAAUUAAACUUACAAUAUUUUUAUGUAAUGUGCAGGUUUGCUUCUUGGUCAAAUAUUUUGUUUCCAUAAGAUAUAUUUUUGUGCAAAUCUAGGUGUUUGGAAUUAAGAGAUUUACUAUGGAUCUUACCUUGUAAAUAAUUAGUGCUGAAAAUGUUUAGUAAUUUACUGGGGAAUAAAUUGUGAUGAAGUAUACAUACAACUGUCACUAAGCUUUUACUUGUACUAUUUUCAGUCCAGACAAAAAUAUGUAAGAAAAUGAAACUGUUGUGCUUUUUUCCAUGUUAUUGUAUAUUAGUAUAUUAGUUGUUGAAUAGAGUUGUUUAAACAUUUGUUUAACAACAAGUAAAAGCUGGAAUGGUCUAUUCUUUCAUUGGGGGUGUGUCCGUGAGCCAGACUAGUUUUGGAGAAUUCCACUCCUCGUCAGUGACCCUGGAUACUACCACCAAUGAAAUAUCAGACUAAACCAAGCCUUUAUAGUAGUGAGGUAUCGAAAAUUGAAAUGGUGUGUUUAAGUGAUCUACACUCACAAAAAAGAAGCUCGUAGCAUUCCGCAAGUUCUUCUAAUACCAAUAGAAUGAUAGUUUUCUUUUUUGUGAGUGUAAAACACUUAAAUACACCAUUUCAAUAUUAGUUAUUUAGUCAAUUCACAAAGUUUUAUUAUUUUAUGGAAUGGAUCACUCCUGUGGUUUCACUAUUAAAUGAUGCAACAUGUAUGUAACUCUACUGUACUCAGACUACAAUAUGUUUUAUUUUGUUUAAAAAAUAUCUCAUUCCCUGCUUGCCUGUGAUGAAGAAAGGUCCACUUUCCAAAAGUGAUGGGGUUAUAGGGUUUUAUAUUUUUGUCUUAAAAUAUUAUUUAUAUUUAGUUAGGGAAAUAAAUGGCAUCAUUUUGAACUUUUGAGUUUCUCUCAUAAACUUAAAAUUUAUAGUCUUUGUUUUUUUAGAACCAAGGGCCCAUCUUGAAUAUCAUUUAAAUAAAGUGAUUUAUGUAGAACCUGGGUUUGUAAGUUUCUAAGUACUUGUUACAACUGUAAUUUUUGAAGCUGGAUGUAGAUAUUUGAUAGUGUUACCCAUAAUGAAUUGUAUCAUUAAUUUAGUGCAUAAAUUUGUGUGAAGUGGGCACAAGCAGAGAUGAAAUUCUCAGAAAAAAGUAGAUACUCAGCUGGGUGAAGUGGACCUGUUUUUGAAAAAGAAAAAAAUCUACAUGUAAUAAUAAAAAACGACAAAGCAGCUCAAAUAAGUCCCAGUACUAGUACUGCCUUAAAAAAAUAAGUUCCCUACUCAGUACCAGUGAGUGCCGGAAGAAUUUUACAUUUAGUUUUUGUGACAAACUAGGAAUUAUAGUCUUCCAAUUAGAAAAAUAUUAUAGAUACAAAACUUGUAUGAAAAAUGUCCAAAACAAUUGUAUAAUAAGAAAGGUUAUGAACUAUUUAAGUAUCUUACUAACAUUACUCUCAACAUGAUAACUAACAAUGAAUAAAAUUUAAUUAGUUUAAAAAAAAAUGCUAGCUAUUCCUAAAAUUUGUUUUAAAAAAAUUCAAGUGUAAUCGUUUUGUUGUGCUGAAAUGUUCAAGAAUCAAAUAUUUUUAUUUGUCCUAGGUUAUGAAAAAUAGUUUUUCUGUUCUGUGUAUUUGAUCUUUCUAACACUAGCAAGGACUAUAAUAAUGAACAAAUUUCAAUAAAAACUUGAUAUGAAAUAUUUUCAUAUUGUAAUACGAGACAUA